GGGCAACUGGGCGCGCCAGGGGCUCUGUUCGCACUGUCGUAGGGAAAACCGAGGCUACAGCGCGCACGUGUACGAGUUCGUCCCCCCUGUGCCGGUCUACGCCAUGCGGAUCUCGAACCGAAAUGUCGCAAAAUACCGGCUAGACUACUCCAGGGUGUUCUACAGGUCGACGGACGACCAUCGCCUCCCAGACAAUAAUGGUGCAGUUCGCGAAGACAUUGUACCGCAGUACAUAUUGAGAGGAAAAAACCCCCCUCAACAUAUCAAAAUGGAAGUCUGUGAUGCGGGAUUUGUAUACAGCGCAAAUCAUUUUGUCAUUCUAGAAGGUAAGAGAUGCGGACUGUAGCGCUGGCUGGCGUGGGAAAGCCCAAGCCCUGCGUCUUCAGCAUGACAGGAAGCAACUGGAAACGGGAAACAGCAAAAGAAAUUGCCUGCAAAUAAGGGAGCAGGUGCGUCUCUUGGCUUUCUAGCAAUACGAGCCGACCACUCGUGUACUCAAAUACAGCAACACAAAUUUUCUUUUCGCUAAUAUGGGGAGGGGGGACGUUUCCUCACGAUAGUUCUACGGCCGAUGGAGAUGCGAUAUCACCAGAAAAAAGUGUUACACUUACACAUUUGUUGGAGUUUCUGCAUCACAAAUUUUCUCUGUGUCGCAAGGAAAACUUGUAAUGCGAAUAUCAUACGGGAAAAACGGAAAGAAACGAGGCUCCCAAGCAUUUCCUGCAUGAGAAAGGUUGUCUGUGUUGCCGGUCUUGCAACACAAUGUGUAACUGUAACACUUUUUUCUUGCGAUAUGCGACGGUGGAACGCGAGUCUGGAGGCGACGAAUUUGCAAGGGCGACGACUAUCAAAUGUAA